GAAAAACUAUGAAUAACAUGGAAGAGGACAGCUUUUAUUUGGAUAUCGAAAGGUUCUUUGAGUAUGAGGAGCCUGAUAGUCUGCAGGUCUUCGGCGACGCCAUUCCAAGCAACGAAUCGAGCUCGCCCGAACAAAAUGCAUCCUCAUCCUCCGCCCUCCCAAGGAGCUUAGUAAAGGAGAGGGAGCGACGACAACUGGUUAAUGACAAGCUCAAAGCCCUUCGGCUUGCUCUCCCAAACUUCACCAAGUUUGACAAGUCGUCCGUGGUGAAGGAUGCCAUUGACUACAUACUAAUGUUACAAGAACAGGAGAAGAGAAUGACUGCCGAGAUAUUGCAGCUAGAGGCUCAAGUCCUUAAUGAAAAAAACAAUAGAGAGGGAAUAACUAAAAGCUCUGUUUUGGCUACUCGGUCACUUCAUGAAAAUUUUUCCAUUCAGAUAAUGGAGAUUAAGAUGUGGCAAGUAGGAGAGAGGACAUUGGGUGUAAACCUCAUUUGCGAUAAAAAAAGGGGGAACAUGAUCAAAGUUUAUGAACUUUUUGAGUCUCUAAACGUCAACGUUAUAAUGGCCAACGUUACUUCUGUAUCCGAGAGCCUUCUAAACACCUUUUUUAUCGAGGCCAAUACAAUGAAUAGCACUCAACUUAAGGAAAUGAUGGAAGGUGCCAUUGCUGAACUAAAUUCAGAGGGAAGCCUUUUCAAGUAUGAGUUUUAAGAUAUGAGGAUUAAAAGAGUAGGAGAAAAUUCUCUCUAUUUGUAUAUACAAUAAAGCUAUUCCUCUACUCGAGCCCUCAAUAUAUAUUAGUACGAGUCCUUUUUUAUUUGCUUAGGACCAUUGAUCACAAAUCUAUGUUAACCGGAUGUUAUCAAUCAUACAUUGGAUGUAUUUGGUCCUCAUAUAUAGGGGUGCUAAACCGUAUCCGUAUCCGAUGAAAUAUUCGUAACCGUAUCCGUUAGGA